AGCAGUGCAGGUGAGAGGGGAGGGGAAAAAAGGAGGAGGAGGAAGGAGGAGGCGCGUUCGCUGCUGGAGUGAAUGCGGGACUCCUAGAGCAAAAAGACGCAUCUACUCUCAGUCCAUGCUCCCAUCCUCCUCCAGAUCCGGACCGCGCGGGGAUUUUUACUCCAAAACUGAUCAAACCACGAGGACAGGCUCCACUUUUUCUCCUCCACGAGAGCAGAUUUAAGGAGAAACUUGCUCCGAGAGCCACUCUCACAACUUGCGUAAAGGAAUCUGGCUGCUUGGCACGUUGCUCCAAUGCGGGGAAAGGAGGCAGCUGGGCGAGGAGUACUGGUGCAUUGCAGUUUCUAAGUGGGGGGAAAAGAGAACAGCCACUGACUGUCCCACGUGUGACUGGAAUGAAGAGAACUUACAAAUGAUGAACUGAUCGGAAGAAAACAGCAGGAGUGGAGAUGAAUCAAAAGGCUGAUGAUGGAGGGAUGUGUUAUUAAAACAAAAUGUGUUUUUAUGACUUGGUUAGGCUAAAGCGGGAUUCUUUCUUUAGAAGCUAAUAAGUGUAGGAGGAGAAUUUAAAACAGAGGACCUGCUGAAGUGAACAACAGAGAGCGCAGGAGCUUUCCCUCGGACCUGAGUCCACAGAGAGCCAUCGAGAAGGUAUCAGGCAGGAUAAAUCAAACACCCACUCUGCGUGCUCUGCACCAGGCCACUAAACACCAAUAAACAAGAGGCACAACUGGGGGGCGUGGAGGGCAGCCAGAGACAGACCAGAGAGAGGGCAACAGAAGGGAGCCAGCCAUGCCGAGGCUUCUUGGUGCAGUGCACUCCUCCAGCCUCCUGGUCCCCUUCAUCCUCCUCCUCCCCCUGCUGCAGCUGCUGACUCAGCUACCAGGCGCAGACUCGGCUCUCCGGUACCGAGUGGCAGAGGAGGGACCCCCGGAUGUGAAAAUCGGCAAUGUGGCCACGGACCUGGGCCUCACGGCAGGCACGGGCAGCGGGGACGUCACCUUCGCCCUGGAGAGUGGCUCAGAGUACUUCAAGAUUGACAACGUGACGGGGGAGCUGACCACAGGCCCACGGCGCAUCGACAGGGAGAAGCUGCCUCAGUGCCAGAUGAUCUUUGACGAGAACGAGUGCUUCCUGGACUUUGAAGUGUCAGUGAUUGGACCCCUGCAGAGUUGGGUGGACCUGUUCGAGGGCCGCGUUGUCAUCACAGACAUCAAUGACAACACGCCCUCCUUCCCCUCACCUGUCCUGCAGUUGUCAGUUGAGGAGAACCGUCCAAUAGGAACUCUGUACCUGCUCCCCACUGCCACUGACAGGGACUUUGGAAGGAAUGGCAUUGACCGCUACGAGCUCAUCCAGGAAAAUAAUGGAGUUGGGUCAAGUUCAACAAGACGCACAGCAGGAGGAAACCCCAUUACCAGAGUGGAUGGACUUGACCGGAGGGGCAGAAGUGGAGAUAAUGGAGGAGGAGCCAGCAGGAGCAGUGUGUUUGAGCUGCAAGUGGCAGAUAUACCAGAUGGUGAGAAGCAGCCACAGCUUAUUGUGAAAGGAACGCUGGACAGGGAGCAGAAAGACUCAUAUGAGCUGGUCCUCAGGGUUCGAGAUGGGGGAAGCCCUCCACGCUCCUCCCAAGCUCUGCUUCGUGUGUCCAUUACUGAUGUGAAUGACAACAGUCCACAGUUUGAAAGGUCAACGUAUGAGGCUGAAAUGACAGAGAAUGCUCCUCCGGGUACCCCUGUCCUUCAGGUCAGAGCCUCAGAUUGGGACAUUGGAGUCAAUGGGCAGGUGGAAUAUGUCUUUGGAGCUGCCACUGAGAAUGUCAGGCGACUCCUGCGGCUCGAUGAAGCAACUGGUUGGCUAAGUGUUCUUCACAGGAUUGACAGGGAAGAAGUGGCCCAGCUGAAGUUCACAGUGAUGGCUAGAGACCGGGGUCAGCCUCCCCGCACUGACCGCACCACAGUGGUUCUGGCUGUCCGGGACGAGAAUGACAACGUCCCAGUCGUAGAGAUCAGAAAGAUUGGACGGAUCCUGGUUCGAGAUGGGGCAGCAUUGGUGCCGGAAAAUGUUCUGGUGGACACACCUGUGGCUCUGGUUCAGGUGUCGGACAGAGACCAGGGAGAGAACGGAGCAGUGACUUGCACAGUUGUAGGAGAUGUUCCAUUCACCCUGAAGCCAGCAGGGGAAACAGUACUCCCACCCCUACCAGCAGACGAAGCCUUCGACAGGAACAAGAAAAAAUACUUCUUGCAUACCUCAGCCUUGCUGGACUAUGAAGCCACAAAAGAGUACAGUGUAACAAUUGUGGCGGUAGAUUCUGGCAGCCCCAGUUUAUCCAGCAAUAGCUCACUGAUGGUUCGAGUGGUCGACAUCAACGACCAUGCUCCAACCUUUGCCCAGAGCACCGUAGAGGUCCACUUUGCUGAGAACAACUCACCUGGUGAAAGGGUGGUCACUGUUGUAGCCACAGAUGCAGACAGUGGCAAGAAUGCAGAAAUAGCAUACUCCCUGGACCCUGCGUCUAAUGGACCUUUUUACAUCGAUGCAGACAAUGGAGAUAUCCGUGCUACUGGGGUUCUGGAUCGUGAACUGCAAGAGCGAUAUGAGCUAAGGGUUAUUGCGAAGGAUAAAGGCACGCCAUCCUUGCAAGGUUCUGAAACUGUUGUUGUCCAGGUGACCGACCGCAACGACAAUGCACCCAAGUUUGUUCAAGAGAUCUUCACUUUCUAUGUCAAGGAGAACCUCCUCGCCAACAGUCCAGUUGGGAUGGUAACAGUCACGGAUGCUGACGAAGGCGAGAACGCAGAUUUUAGCCUGUUUGUAGAGGUAGAUGAAGCGGACACAAAAACCACAGGGGAGGAGGGAGUAGAUGGAGAGAAACAGCGGGAAGAUGUGUUCUCAAUUGAGAACAACACUGGAACAAUUUUUUCUUCUGCGUCAUUUGACCGUGAAAAACUUUCAUCCUACACUUUCCGUGUGCGGGCUGUGGAUGGAGGGGAGCCCCGCAAAACUGCCACGGCCACCGUCUCACUUUUUGUGACAGACGAAAACGACAAUGCUCCUUCUAUCACCUCUCCUGCCAAUGAAUCCUACACCCUUUUACCACCUGCAAGUAGUGCUCGCACUAUUGUCAGGACCGUAACAGCCAUAGACUCAGACACGGGGCCAAAUGCUGAUCUUCGCUAUGCUCUAGUUGGGGGAAAUCCCUUCAGACUGUUUGAGAUUGGCCACACAAAUGGAGUUAUCACCCUGGCAGAGCCUCUGGAGCGGCGCCACAGAGGUCUGCAUCGCCUGGUUGUUCGAGUCAAUGAUAGUGGCAUCCCUUCACUCUGUGCCACAGCUCUGGUUCAUGUCUUCAUUAAUGAGAGCUUGGCUAAUGCCACACUAGUCGAUGCACAGGUGGCCCGAAGCCUGAUGGCACCACUGUCGCUGGACAUUGCCGGGGAUCCAGACAGUGAGCGAGCCCUGGGAAAACAGCGUCUCAGUGUUGCCAUCGGUGUCCUGGCAGGUGCCGCAGCCGUCAUUCUGGUUAUUCUUCUGGUGGUCACGGCUCGACAGUGCGGCACUCAGGGGAAGAACGGUUACGAAGCUGGUAAGAAAGAGCCAGAGGAAGACUUCUUCAGUCCCUCAGGAGCUCAGCCCCAGGCCAGUCGAGGUGGGGGAUCAGACCGUGGACGUAAACCUCGACGGGACAAACGCACCGGAGGCGGAGGUACCAUCGGAGGAGGAGGGAAGUCGGACAGAUCUCUUUACAGUGGCAUUGUCACAGUCAACGGCCUGCGUCGCCAUGGCAAUGACGAUGAUGAAGAGGAACUGAGCAGCGCUAGUGAGCGCCUGGCAGCCCGCUACUGUGCUGUGGACGGUGACCCCAGCAGCCCGCGGAUGGGUGGCGGCAGGAGACACCAGUCGAGCCCCGAUCUGGCCAGGCACUACAAAUCCAGCUCACCCCUCCCUGCAGUAAAUCUACAGCCACACUCACCCCCGGCAGAGGGAAAGAAGCACCAGGCAGUCCAGGAGCUGCCUCCCUCCAACACAUUUGUGGGUAGCAGUGGGUGUGUAGGGAGUGCCGGCUCCAGCAGCAGCAGCACAGGGGGCAGUGGCAACGCAGAUGCCAUGUCCCUGGGCUCUGACCAGUGCUCAGAUUAUAGCUGCCAGGCGGGGAACAAAUACAGCAAACAGGGGACCCUUCGCCGGGUGACCUUCUCGGUUGUGAGCCAACCCCAGGACGGCGGUUGCUAUGACAGCGGCCUGGAAGAUUCAGAGACACCGAGCAGCAGGAGUUCAUCUGGGCCACGACUUGGAGCGCUGCCACUUCCCGAAGAAGGUUACGAGCGAACCACGCCAGAGGGCAGCGUGGGCGAAGAGGAGCACGUAGAGAACGAUGCCAGACAGCUGCCAGAUGUGGCUCUGACAGGAAAGUGCACCCGGGAGUGUGAUGAGUUCGGCCAUUCGGACACGUGCUGGAUGCCUGUCCGUGCCUCACCACGGCAGCGGCAGCGCCAUGGCAGCGACCCUCCCCGACUCUCGACCUUUGCCCCGGGAGAUGACAACAACAAUCUCCGCGGUAACGACCGUGAAAGCGACAGUGAGAGUGCCGGCAGUGCGGGGAGCUCCGAACCAGGAGUGGUGGUGAGCGCAGAAGGUCAGAGGUUGCCUUUAGUCAACGGUGACCCUCUCAGCACCCUGGGUCGAGGAGACCGCAACAGGAACAUGGGUGAUCACAACCGCAACCUUCUAAACCGUAAAAUGACUUCCGCCUCCUACGACACAUUUAGCGGCGCGAGCCUCGGGCGGCGCCAGCCGGAGGAGGCAGGAGGAGAAGGCCAGAACCCACCUGAGGUCAUACCGUUGGCACGAACGGGAGGGGACUACAAGACAACGUCCUGUCUCACACUGUCACGCCGUGAGGUCUACCUGUGACGGCCUCUCGGUGGAGCAAUCCACCACCGCCAUCAUGUUGAUCAUCUCCUCUGUUUGUUGGAAAAAGCUACUUUACCAGCAAGUCAUGAGUGUGGUGGAGCCUUUAGCCCGUGACGAUGUGUAAUUGUCAAAAGAAAUGCUUUCACAAAGCUUUCAUCAAACUUUAAGACUAAUACUUAUAGGUACUUAAACUUAAGAAGUCACCAUUCAGCUUGUUGGAGCACUUUGACUGAAAGUACUUUCUGAAAACUGUUUUGUAACCACGACUGAAAGCUACCUUCAAGCAGAGACAGUGUGUCCACAUGGAGGAGAACAAUCUUUUCUUCGUUUUUAUUCAGAUCUAAUGCAUGCCUGAACCUUUGACCAUAGAGCUAUUUAUGAAGAAGACUGUGUGCGUUCUGAGGCUCUGGGUACAUCUAAAAAAUAAAAAUAAAAAAAAGAAAUGAAGCCGGUACAGGAUUUCUCUGAAGCAUCUGCAAAGAAAAGACUGCUGAGAUUUCAUCCUGUCGAAAAAAAACGACAAAAAAAAGAAAAACAAAAGUGGCGCGGCAAGUCAGUUUGGAUCUAAUUCAAACUUUCUAAUCGACUGUCUCAUAACAAAGGUGAGGAAUAUUAACCACCUCAGUGAGAAACCUUUAUAAUUAACAAAGUGUUAAGCAUAUAAAUCUAAAUUGGACAAAACAGUGUUAAUAGGAUAUUUAUGAUACAAGGUUGUCAUCGAGGGUCGCCUGUGCCAGAGGAUUCAACCUUAUGUGAAAAUGUUUGUUUCUAAUUUUCCCUUUACAUCCAGUUUGUAUGUACAUAUCACGUGUGUCUUUGCAUUGUUCUGCUGCUUUCUGCCGUUUCAGAGUUCAUUACACAUCUGUUACAUCCUCAUCUGCUAGGAACAAGCUGUCAAUCACAUACGAGCAUGCAAAAAACUUAUCGUGUGCACACACCAACAGUCAGCUUGUGACAUGAAUCGGUGGAUGGGUGAUAAAAAGAUCAUUAGAACCUGCUGUUACUUUCACAUGGGGAAGAUCAUGAACUCAUAUAAACACGUUAACAAUUAAUCUAAAACAAAAGCACCUGUACGGGUGCUCGGUUCAUCAGCGUGUGCUUUUUUUCCUCCCCGUCAAUGUGUUGCCUCAUUGAAGUAGCUGUAGCAUUUUGCCUGCUCUACCCUCAGCCAGUAUUUUAAACGUGAACCAUAUUUAAAUGAUAACCCAUCCUCUCCGACUGAUUGACUGAUCGAUGCGUGAGACGACAUUAAAGAGUCUCAUGCUCUGUAAGAAUUAAUAGAAACUGUUGGAGAAAUAAAUAUCCUGCAUACUGUAAGUAU